AUGCCUUCGCGCUCCCUCGCGAGGGACGAAUCGGUGCCUUUUCUUAGCGAGAACUGGCUUGAUCAGCCUAUCCAACUCGAAGAGGGCAGCAAUGAACCCGGUUGCCACAUCGUCGUGGCAAAGUCCUACGACAAAAGCGCCACCAGAUCGCGCUCGCCGUUAGCUGCCGCCACGGCGCCCUUAGAAUUUCUAGGCUGCUGUGCGGCUCGAUACUUGCGUCGCCAACGUGGAUGCCAAUUUCGAUGCCAAAUCCGAUGCGGUGUCUGGCGCCAGCUUGUAGUGCUCCUCAAACUCUACGUCCUCAGCUUUACCAUUAUAGCUUUCUCGGUACUCGUCAUUUUCCCGUCACACACCGACCCUCCGGCCCAGCACAAAAUUCUUGAGCAAAGAUGCCCCGGGCCUGCCCCGAGCACCGGCUGUGCCAACCCGCACAACGAGCAGAUAUUUAUAGUCGCUUCCAUGUAUGACAAGGAUGGAAGCCUGCUUGGCGGGCAAUGGGGCCAGCAAUUGCUCGACGUCGUCAAUCUCAUCGGCCCCGAGAACGCCUUCGUUUCCAUCUACGAAAAUAAUAAUGCGCCCGCCGGUUCCGCUGCUCUCUACAACUUCCGCCAACGGCUGCCUUGCCGGAGCGACCUCGCUCAUGAGCAGCACGUUGAUCUCUCACAGUUUCCCAACAUCACCAUGCCCGACGGUUCCGAGCGAAUGAAACGAUUGGCCUACCUCACCGAGUUGCGCAAUCGAGCCAUGCGGCCCCUCGAUCGCUUCAACGAGUCUGUCGGCGCCUUUGACAAAGUUUUGUUUCUUAAUGAUGUCUACUAUCGCCCCAUUGACGCUGCACAACUCCUCUUUUCCACCAAUGCCGACGACAGCGGUCACACCCACUACCUAUCCGCCUGCGCCAUGGAUUACGAUUCUCCGGGUAUUUUCUAUGAUUCCUACGCUACGCGCGAUGCCCAAGGCUACGAGGUCGGCUCUCAAGAAUACCCUGUUUUUACUACGGCUGGAAAUGCCAUCUCGCGCCAUGAUAUGCUAGGUAACACCGAUGCCGUCCGCGUCAGCGCUUGCUGGUCUGGCAUGGUUGCCAUGCAGGCAAGAUGGGUUCAGAACACCAAUUCAACAUCACUACCAACACCCAAUUUUCAAGAUGUUGCUGCCCACAUCAUUGAUCCUGACGCGCCGAUGCCUGUUGAGGUACCAAUCCGAUUCCGCUAUGAGCCAGAAAUAUUUGCCGAUUCGUGCGAAUGCUGUCUCUUCCUGGCUGACGUGACGACCGUGGCUCGCAAAGCUGGUGCUAUUGACACUGAAACCUUUCUCAACCCGUACGUGCGCGUCACGUACAAGCCUAAGCUGCUCUCGUGGAUUCUGCUUAGCAAACGCUGGGAACGUAUCUGGAUUCCGCUGCAGGCGUUUAAUACAUGGGUCAAGGGCCGCCCAGACUUUAAUCCACAUCGCACAGUCCAAGAAGGCGACGUCUUUACCGAGGAAAUUUGGGUAGCUAACGAAUCGCUCCCAGCCGGCGGCAGCUGGGAAAUGAAGGAGCGCAAGGGCCGCAACGGCAUGAUUUGUUGGGGCCGUAUGAUGCACCUGAUGAAGCUCGGAGGCAAGCGUGGCGGUGACAGGAAUUGGGAGCGAGCCCAGAUACCAAAGGGUCACAUGCAGUGA